AUGGCCGCCCAGUCCAAACUACUGCCGCCCGAACGCUCCCUCAAACACAUCCUCUCCAGCCUAACGAGCCUCUACCUCCGCAACCGCACCCGCAUCUCACGCGCCGUCUACCUCGCCCUCUUCGCCGCUCUAGCCAAACGAAUCCACAAUGCCAUCUCCGAGCAGAAGGCCGCAUCACAGCAGGUCGAGCUGCGUCGACGACCCGGCACAAGCAGUCUCGGCGAUGAAGAACAGCCGCGCAAGAAGCGCGUCGAGAUCAACCGGGAGUUCUUCAAACACUUGCUCCGCUUGCUGAAGAUCGUCAUUCCCGGGUGGAAGAGCAAGGAGCUGCGGCUGCUUGUUAGUCACAGUGUGUUUCUGGUGUUGAGGACGAUGCUGAGUUUAUAUGUUGCCGAGCUGGAUGGCAGACUUGUUAGCAGCUUGGUGCGCGGGAAAGGGAGGGAUUUCUUGCUCGGUCUUGUCUGGUGGAUGAUUGUGGCUGUCCCGGCUACAUUUACUAAUUCUAUGCUUGCGUAUCAUCAGUGCAAGUUGGCUCUCAGCUACCGGAAGCGACUUACGGAUUAUAUCCAUGAGAAAUAUCUAUCUAAUAUGACAUUCUACGCCAUUUCCGCGUUGGACGAUCGCAUCAAGAAUCCCGACCAGCUUGUCACGGUCGACGUGUCUCGAUUUUCGGAUAGUUUGGCGGAACUAUACUCCAACUUGGCCAAGCCCAUUCUCGACAUGGUUAUCUACAACUACUCGCUUUCUAAGAAUGUUGGAGGUGAAGGGUUAUUCAUUAUGAGUCUGCUGGUGCAGCUUUCAGCCAACGUUAUGCGUAUGCUGACUCCGCCGUUCGGCAAAUAUGUUGCCGAUGAGGCUCGGUUGGAGGGCGAGUUCCGUUUCCUUCACUCGCGGCUUAUCGAUUACAGUGAAGAGGUUGCUCUUUACCAUGGCCAUGAGGCCGAGAAGGAUACUUUGGACAAGGGUUAUUUCACGCUGAUCAAGCAUGUGAAUCGCAUCCUGCGUCGGCGACUCUACCAUGGAUUUAUGGAGGACUUUGUGAUCAAGUACUUCUGGGGAGCGCUUGGCUUGAUCUUGUGUAGUGUACCUGUUUUCUUCAAGGUCCCUGGUCAGGUCGCUCACAGCAUGGGCGAUCACACUGAAAACUUUGUCACGAAUCGUCGAUUGUUGCUUUCCUCCUCAGAUGCUUUUGGUCGAUUGAUGUUCUCUUACAAAGAGAUCUCGGAGUUGGCUGGCCACACUUCGCGUGUCUCUUCUUUACUAGAGGUCAUGGACGAUCUACUUGCUGGAAGAUUUGAAAAGAAGUUGGUAUCUUCCGCUUCAACAGAAGAGAACGCGGAAGUGCUCUCUGGCCGUGGUCAAAUCAUCGAAAGUGACGCAAUCGAGUUCACCGAUGUCCCGAUCGUUUCGCCGAACGGCGAUGUCUUGGUGCGCAAGCUAUCCUUCACCGUCAACCCCGGUGAGCACCUACUCAUCGUCGGGCCCAAUGGAUGUGGCAAAUCAUCUCUCUUCCGAAUCCUGGGCGGGCUCUGGCCGGUCUACGGAGGCACUGUCAGGAAACCUCCAUUCCAGGAUAUUUUCUACAUUCCCCAACGACCAUAUCUAUCCCGCGGUACUCUGCGACAGCAAGUGAUCUACCCGGACGGAGUGCGCGAGAUGCGUGCCAAGGGCAUUACUGACGAUGACCUGUAUGAGAUCCUGUCCGUGGUUGAGAUCCAGUCUGUCGUCAACCGCCCUGGAGGCUGGGACGCAGAGGAAGAAUGGCGCGAUGUGCUGUCCGGUGGCUUGCAGCAGCGUAUCGCUAUGGCCCGACUUUUCUACCACCGACCCAAGUUUGCCAUUUUGGACGAGUGCACCUCUUCUGUGACGUUGGAGAUCGAGAAGGUCAUGUACGAGACUGCCAAGAAACUUGGCACCACCCUCAUGACUGUCUCGCACCGUCGCAGUCUCUGGCAGUAUCACCAGAAGAUCCUCCAGUUUGAUGGACAGGGUGGGUAUAUUUUCACCGGUCUGGACUGGGAGCGACGGUUGAAGUUGGAAGAUGAGAAAGAAGAACUGGACUUGCAGCUCCGGGCUGUCCCGGAGCUCGAACGUCGUGUGGCUGAAUUGACGGCCUAA